UGCGGAGGUGGUUGCGUCAGUGACCCUCCCACCCUUCUGCACGGCUGCUCGCUGCUGCUGCCAGUCCACAUGUUAAAAACGGGCAGCGCCAGCUGGUGCUGGGCACUUCUGACAGCUGGCAGCCAUAUUUCUCUCGUCGCUUUCCCACUUUCUCAUUCUCCUCUCCUCCUCAUUCUACACUUUCUUGCUACCAUCACCGUCCGAGCAAUUCGCCGUCUUGGACUCUUUCUCUUCUUCCUUUACCUUGCAUGAUCUCCAAGCUUGUUUCUCGCACUCUCCACAAAGCUCGCGCCACCAUGUCUUCCCCGUCCUUUGUUGGUGCCAUUGACCAGGGCACCACCAGCACUCGCUUCCUCAUCUUCAACACAAGUGGUGAGGUCGUUGCGCUUCACCAGCUUGAGUUCAAGCAGUACUAUCCCCAGCCAGGAUGGCACGAGCAUGAUCCCGAGGAGAUUAUUAGCUCCGUCGAGACUUGCAUUGACGGUGCUGUCGAGGCCUUUGAGAAGCAGGGCCACUCCCGCAGCCAGAUUGCUUCCGUCGGCAUCACCAACCAGCGCGAGACUACUAUUGUUUGGGACAAGACCACCGGCAAGGCUCUCCACAAUGCCAUUGUCUGGACCGACACUCGCUCCCAGGAGCUUGUCCGUCGUCUGAAGAACCGCCUUGGGGCAUCCGAGCUCACUGCUCGCUGCGGUCUGCCCCUGUCUACAUACCCUUCCGUCAGCAAGCUGCUCUGGUUGCUUGAAAACGACGACAAUGUCAAGGCUGCUUACGAGCGCGGUGACCUUGCCUUUGGUACCGUCGAUGCCUGGUUGGCCUACAAGCUCAACGGUGGCACUGCCCGCAACGUCUACGUCUCCGACCCCUCCAACGCUUCCCGCACCAUGUUCAUGAACCUCGAGACCCUCGACUACGACCACGACCUCAUUGACUGGUUCCGCAUCGACCGCGAAAAGGUCCUCCUCCCCAAGAUUGUCCGCUCUUCAGACCCUGAGGCCUAUGGUAGCCUUGCCAACACCCUGCUCAAGGGUGUCAAGAUCACCGGCUGCCUUGGUGACCAGUCUGCCGCCCUUGUUGGCCAGAAGGGAUUCACCCCCGGUCUUGCCAAGAACACCUACGGCACUGGCUGCUUCCUGCUGUACAAUGUCGGCCCCAAGCCCGUUAUUUCCAAGAACGGCCUCCUUAGCACCGUCGCCUUCGAUUUUGGCCCUGGCAAGACCAUGUAUGCCCUCGAGGGCAGCAUUGCUGUCGCCGGCUCCUCCAUCAAGUUCCUCGUCAACAACCUUGGCUUCAUUGAGGAUUCUACCAGACUCAGCGCUCUCGCUGAGACCGUCGAGGACAACGGUGGUGUUACUUUCGUCACUGCCUUCAGCGGCCUCUUCGCCCCUUACUGGAUCGACGAUGCCCGUGGUACUCUCUUUGGUAUCACCGCCUACACCCAGCGCGGUCACAUUGCUCGUGCCACGCUUGAGGCUACUUGCUUCCAGACCAAGGCCAUUCUUAGCUCCAUGGCCAAGGACAGUGGCCAAGCUCUUACCGAGCUCGCUGUCGACGGUGGCAUGUCCAACUCUGAUCUGAUUAUGCAGACACAGUCCGAUUUGAUUGGCAUUCCCGUCAUCCGCCCUGCCAUGCGCGAGACCACUGCCCUCGGUGCUGCUAUUGCUGCCGGUCUGGCUGUUGGUGUCUGGGAGAACUUUGACGACCUCAAGGGUGUCAACACCGAGGGCCGCACCACCUUCAAGCCCGCCAUUACCGCCGAGGAUGCUGACAGUCGCUUCGCCCGCUGGGAGAAGGCUGUUCAAAUGAGCAAGGGAUGGGCCAACUAAACAUGCCGUCGUUUUGGCAAUGUACUAUUACGAACUUUUGGAUGAUUGCGCUUUUGUUUUGCCUUUUCUUGGAUUGCAUCUUUAUUAGCUUGCCUGUAGGAAAGCAGUGACGUGGAAUGAAAUACACAUUUUUAUUUUU